AUGUCUGCUCGAUCAUAUUGUAAAACUAAUGCUGGGAAAUUUCAUGAUUGUGAUUAUGUUGAUACUAAACGACAAAAAAUCGCACGUAGUAAAGAUGAUGAAUAUUAUGAGGAAUUUCUAACUGGACUGUAUUCAAUAGCGCAUCAGUUAGUCUCUUCACCUGUUGAACCUCCUGUUGAACCACCUCCAAUCAUUGACGAUGAUGAAACUUUUGACAAUUUAAGAAAUAUGAUUCAGAAUGAAUACAAUAUUGGUGCUCUGGAAGAUGGUGAAAUGAUAGAUCAAUCAAUCAUCACUUCAAAGUUUAAUAAUUUAGCGAAGGACAUUAGUGAAGAAACGUCAAUUCCAAAGCUACAAGAUGGUGGUUUUUGGAAUAUUGAGAUAAUAGGUGAUCUUUUGUUGAAUGAUAAGUUAAAAGAUGAAUUGCAGAAUAUUCGGUUGAAUAGAUUACGUUACAGACAAGAUUACGAGAAGAUAAAAGAGUUAGAGAAUUCUGUUAGUGAUAUGGAUGCUUUUACAAUGAUAAGAGAUGGAAUAAGGAAGGACACAUCUAUAGCUAAUUUGGAAAGUAAUGGAUAUUGGGAUCGUAGAAUAAGAACUGAUAAUUACUAUGACCAAAUUAAGAAUGAGCUUCCUAGUAUUAAAAAUCCAACACAAUUACAAGAUGGUUCGAGGAUUGAUAGACGAAUCAGACAAUUGGAAAAUAUCAAUCUAACAGGAGGAAGAGAUGUGAACGAUCUUCAACGUUUACGAGUUAGCUUGUUAGAUUCUUUAUUGAGCCAAUUAGAGGUUGAUGAUACAAGCAAACUUGCGAGUGAUAUAUUGACAUUGAACGCAACUUUAUUGGGUGAUCAGAGAAGCAAGCAAAGAACUUGUCGAUGGGGAAAAUAUAAUAAGAAGAUACAAGAGAUUGAUCAACAAUAUUUAGAUUUACCGAGAACAAAGGAACAAUUACAACAAGAAUGUCGAGAUCGUUCAUUGGAGGAUAAUAAUCUGUUGGAUCAGAUGAUAAAAUCAUCAACAGAACUGUCAGAUAUGCAAAAAGCGGAGUAUCAAAAGAUUAGGACUUCUAUUAAUGACAUUUACAAAGACGAAGAACGUGAUCACUAUUUUGUUGAUCCGGAUGAUCUAGAGUAUAGAAGUGUCUUUCUCGAUACAUCAAAAGCAUCUUUUGAGGAUGUUAAGCAAUUGAUUACCAAGAUAUUAAAGACAAAGAAUAAGAUAUAUGCAAAGUUACGUAGCUUUUUUGGAGACAAGAUAACUAUUCAAAUUCUCAGAUUGGUUGUGAGAUUAGCAACAGAUGAUAUCAAAAUUUUGUUGAAUUCAACAUGUGAUCUUGUGAAGGAUGAUGAGAAAUUACUAAAAAGAAUUGAUGAGAAGCUUAAUAAGAAACGCAAACCACUCAAGAUUAGUAAUAGCGAGUUUAAGAAUCCAGAUCCAUUGGGUGCGGUAGACUCUGUUAUGUCAUGUUAUAAAGAGGUGGUUGAAACGAAUAAUGAUGAGUUAAACGAGAUAAAAAAAUUGGUACUUGAACAGUUUCACAAGCAACCUGAUGUUACUGGAAUGGGAGCAUUCCUCAAAUUUGCUCCUGAAGGAGAUUUUAAGUAUAAAAUAUUACCGGGCCCGUUAAACAAGAAUCAGUUUGUCUACGUGAUUUAUCGAAUUUUGGUUGAACGUGAACUUGAUGAAUUACGUCAAGAGAACGAAUUGUUAAGGAAGAGAAAUGAGCAGUUGCAAAACUAUCAAAAUCAAGUUUCGGAGAUAUUAACGUGGAAAUAUCCACUUUUUAACCUAUUUUUACAAACAUUAAAACAAAUUUUUAUCAUAAUUGCAAGUACACGUGUUGGGAUGGAGAAUACCGAUUUGAUCCCAAGAAUAACUAAUUAUGUUGAGGAAAUAGUUAAAGAAAAUGAGACUUUGAGAGAGAUUAACGAGCAGUUAGAAAAUUAUAAGACAGAGAACAUUUCAUUAUAUUAUCAUUAUCAUAUUUUAAAAUUUAUUAGAAUGUUUGGAAUGCUCUAUAUGGCCGGUUGGUUGGUUUUGGCUUUUAGAUUUCAACACUUGGCAUUUGUUUAG